AUGUUACUAUUAUUUGUAUUUCAUUGUAAUGUUCUGCUUUUCAAAAAUAAUAUAUAUGUGUAUAUUCUGCCAAAUAAAUGCUUUUCCAUUUCCCAAACAGAAAAUUAUGAGAUCUGUGUUCAACAUUUGGAUGACAUCUUGAACCAAAGUUCAGAAACAGUAAAAGAAGCAAUAUAUUCUGUGUUGGACAUAGUCCUGAAAGAAAUUUCUGAAAGGCAGAAGAUACAAAAUAAGAUAAAACCAGCCCAUUCAAUCAUCCUGGAUGCUAUUUCAGGGAUCUUUUUAAGUAGCACUAAUGAAGAUUUUAGAACAACGUGCUUGAGCACUAUGAAGGGAGAUGACUCUCAGGAACUGCUGAUCAACACAGAAAAAGCUCUUUUGGAAGUGACGUAUAAUCAUAUUUUGCCAAGUAGGACUUGCAAACAAAGAAAGAUCUCGAAAAAAGAUGGUGAUGGUUUUCCAGAUACUGUUCAGAGUAACACAUUUGCUGACAGAACCAUGUUUGAAGUAGUAUGCUCUGCUCAGAAGAAAGGAUACAUGAAAAGACCAAGAAAAGCAUCUAAAGAAAAUCAAAUUUUCAAAAGAAAAUGCCAGCAGUUUUUUUAUCAAGAUAAGGAAGAAUUGACCAGUGGUGAUGCCAUUGCAUGGGCAGCCUACCAUUUCUCUAUACAGCCAAUGGUGGAAGACCCCCCAGCAAUAUAUGCCAUGCUUCCUUUGUUCUAUGAAAAGUCUGCUACACUUGCCAUGAUUAAACAUGGAUUUGGAAAUGGCCUGACACUCGGUGAGAAAGUGUAUGUGGUUAUGCUUGGAGACCUGCAUACUGAAAUGGCUCUGUGGAAUACCUUGGGUGAUCUCCUUGAAGGCUCAGGCUGGACAGCCGCACUCACCACAGCUGAAGUAGUAUCAUCUGGCAUGCCUGACUCGUUUUUGAAGGCUGCCCACCUAACUCGAACUAGGCAUGCUCAUCAAGUCACUGUGCUUGCCCUGCAGAAUCUUCAAAAGGAGGCUUUCAUGCUUAGUACAGGCCCAAAAGAUGAUGAAGCAGCAGAGGCUUGGAGAAUGACAUGCUGUCAAAAAGUCCAACUUUCAUGUUCUGGGACAUGA